GAGUGAUUCUUCUUUUGUCUCGAUUCCCUUUUUUUAAUGUUCACCGGGCAUUUCUAGAAGAGUAUCUGGCGCGAAGAAGACCAUGCCAUCAUCUCCAGAUCAGCGCAAACUUGGGAAAGCUAAGUUGGCUGACGCUCAAGCAGACACUGCAGCGAAAGGCAGUUCAAACGAGGCACCCAAAGCUGGUCGUGGGGCCCUUCGUGACGAUGAACUUUGGUGGUGUAGUCAUUUCCAAUGGCUGAUGGAACGAGGAUACUUGUUGCGUCCUCGCUAUGCCCCUGGUUGGGUACCGUCCUGGCAAAAUACAAAAAAGUUCUGGUACAACUGCGAAGACGGUCGCACUCCUUGGUAUCCCCAUCUAUUGGACGCAACUCGAAUUGCGGAUGGCUCAUACGUGUCCUUGAAAGUCAUAGUAAAAUCGCGCCACCCUUUUGAGGCUGACAUUGGACGUUACUUCUCUUCUGGACAACUCGUCAAAGAUCCCGCCAAUCACUGUGUCCCAAUAUAUGAAGUUAUCGAAGUACCGAAAGAACAGGACAAGAUUAUGCUGGUGAUGCCUUUAUUACGAGAGUACGAUGAUCCACCCUUUGACACGUUCGGGGAAGCUGUUGACUGUUUUCGGCAAAUUUUCGAGGGCUUGCAAUUUAUGCAUAAACAUCAUGUUGCUCAUCGUGACUGUAUGAAUCUGAAUAUCAUGAUGGAUCCAACCUCUUUUUACAUAGAUGCAUACCAUCCUUUCGAUCCAUGUAUGAGGCGGGAUUUUAAGGGUGAAGCGAGACAUCGUACCCGUACGCAGCGUCCACCCAAGUACUUCUUUAUCGAUUUUGGCAUAUCUCGUCGUUAUGACCCUACCGACGAGCAACCUCUGGAAGACCCCAUAUGGGGCGGCGACAAGACGGUACCAGAAUUUCAAAGGUCGAAUGAACCUCAAAAUCCAUUUUAUACCGAUGUCUACUAUCUUGGUAAUGUUAUUCGAGAAGAUUUUAUACAAGGGAAAUUUGGAUUCGAAUUCAUGAUACCGCUAGUUGCUGAUAUGGUCCAAGACGACCCAGCUAAGCGACCUUCGAUGGAUGAGGUGGUUAUUCGAUUCGAGAAGCUUCGCCAGGAGCUAAGUACUUGGAAACUACGUUCCAGAGUUAUUGACAAGGAAAACGACGAUACAAUGGGUUUUUUCGGUGGCCUAACUCAUUGGACGCGUCGGGUCAGUUUCAUGAUCAGACGUAUCCCUCCUGUACCUAUCCCAUAGCGCGAUAGCGUCACCUACAUGCAGAAAGUACUCAUUUCUGUUGGAAUAGGCGAUGUAGCUAUUGAUGUUAUGCCUGUCUGUCUUUUAUUUUGUGAUUUUCGUGGCUAU